AUGUCGAUAUAUCAUAUGUACCUAUUAUCGGAAGCGGAGGAUUUAACAAGUGAUUUUACAGGAUCAACCUGCUUGGAUGAUUCAUAUUUCGAUUGUUUGAACGAGCAUCAUAUUAGAGAAUCAGUCAAUCUCAAUGAUGAAAAAGUCGGUGGCGAUUGUUAUGAUUCUACUGGGGAUAAUAUUGCCUUUGUUGCUAAAAGUAGAGGUAGUUAUGAGUCCUCUUGUAGUAAUAUUGAUUACUUGGGUAGUGGUAGUGGUACUUCUGGACAUUUAGCUAAUCUUCUCAUUAGAAGGUCAACCGAUCCUAAAGAUGAAAAUGAUAAAAACAUUUAUUAUGAUUCUAUUGGUAAUAAUGUUGUUUCUGUUGAUUGUGAU